AUGUCCUCCUCCCAGAGGCGAUCCCGCUCUAUACUCGACUGGACUCGUGAUUAUGCAUUGAUUGCCAUCCUCGUGCCGCAGGUUGCGGCAGCGGGGAAGAGUGAUGUUGCCACUGUGAAGGCUGGGUAUAGCUAUGGACAGCCCAUGCCGGUGACUUGUUUGAAUCGGACAAUUGAUUCUGGAGAACAUAUCACAGACAAUCUCGGCAAACUGCAAUUCAUCCCCUUCCCCACCUGCAACGAGACCUUCCUCCCGCUCGCCCUCCGCUACGGCGUCACCGAGACCCUCAACUGCACCAUCAACGCGCUCCCCGACGAGCUCUACCACCUCUUCGAAUACUACGUCCACUCGGACGUCCCGCUAGCCUGCCGUGUCCCGACCGCGCCGCUCUCGCUCUCGCCAUCUACACUACCACCCUCCCCGGACAAGGAUAACGCUGGAGCCACCGACCUCGACGAUGGAGGCCCGGCCUAUACGCCCAUCACCUUCGCGCUGCAGGGUACCCUCCAGCGCAGCCACCUCCACAUCUGGACGGACAUGAACGUGCUCGUCCACAACAUCGCCUCGACUUCCGCCGCAUCGAAGAAAAGCAAAAACAAGUCGAAGGCCAAAAAGGCGCGCCCCGGCUACGUCGUGGCGGGAACCGCAUACUCAAUCCCCGAGUUCGACGGGCCUUUAAACACAGAGGACAAACAGUCCGAUGCGGAUGCGGAUGCGGAUGCCCAAGCGGCUGUUGCGGUCGCUGAGGCGGCGCGCGACCCCUGGACUGCGGGUCACGGCACGAAGGUCGUGCGCGGCGAGCCGCUCACCUUCACGUUGCACGUGAGCUGGGUGGAGGGCGGGAAAGGCAUCUGGUGGCCUACUGACGAGCCUGCGGCGGGGGAGCAGGCCGGAACGACGUCUUUCGUCUCGCGGAUCUUCUUCUUUGCGAUGGCGGCGGCGCUUGGUGCGGCGGGUGCGCUGUACUGGGAGCGGAAUGCGGCGCGGCGUCGGGCGGGCUGGCGUGGGGAUGGGAUUCUUGGGGGCUCUGCUUCGCGCGGAAAGGGCUCGGUUGAAAUUGGUUAUGGCAAUGGAGGGAAGAUCAAUGGGUAUGGAGGCUAUUCGGCGGCGGGCAACGGUGCCAUGGCGGCUGGGGGCGGCGGUGGCAGCGGUGGAUAUGGCUACACAGGUGUUGGAAAGAGGGACUGA